UGUGUCUGGCAACAGCUGUCAAAUUGGAAUUUUGUGCGAAAUAUUUUGCAACUUCUUUUCGUUUGUAAACGCCAGGUUUUCCGGUGAAGUGGACGUCAUUUAGGCGGUGGUAAAGUCGAAUUCGAUUGAAAUGUUCUCGCGGCGGCGGAUUCUGCUCGUGGACUUUGCUCAAGAGGAAACGUUUCUGUGACGAGUUCUCCAUAUUAGGGAAGUGCGCGGAGAAAAUAGUGCCCGCAGAAAUUUCGAAGCUAAUGACAAAACCACAAAAGGGGCUGCAGAUAAAAUCUCAAUAAAAUUGAAACUCUUAGAAAAACUCCCCGCGAUCUACAAUCAAAAAUGUGAAAAAUUUCCGGUUUACUUUCAAAACACAUUUAGAAAGAUUCAUUUUGAAAAAAUGCACCGCGAAAAAGUAAAUCUCCUGACGCAAUCGUAUCUGUUCAUAACUUAAAUUCUGUACAACACAUCGUGACCCUCCACGUUCGAUAGAACCAAAUUUAUAUUUUUAUUUUUGUUGUUGUCGUCGUUGUGUGUUUUCUUCCGGUGGCCCCAAGAGUAAAAGAGUUAUUUGUGAUUUGAGAAUAUUUUUGGUUCGUGUCCAGUGAUUGAUCGGUGUCAUUGUCCUCCUAGCAGUGUAUCGACAGUAGGAAAAGUGAGAAUUUCAUUGCGAUCAGAAUUGAGCGAUAUCAGGCAUCAAAAAUAACGAUAAUAUUGCGGGGACAGAAUUCGAAGACUUGAUUUUUGUCGUGUCUAUUGUAAGGGCUAGAGUGGUGUCAUUUAUUCGACGGGAAACUCUUUCGACGCCCAUUGAAGAUGGCGUACCGGAAGCCAUCAGACCUGGAUGGCUUUAUUACCCUCAUGGACAAGCCGGACAUGAGGGUACGAGCCAUGCUGGCAGAGGAUUUGGUGACAUUCCUAACUGAUGAGGAGAAUUCGAUUGUUUGUAUGGAUUUGGGGAUGCUUAUCGAUGGACUCCUGCCGUGGAUGAAUGGCAGUCAUUAUAAGAUAGCACAAAAGGCCCUCGAAUCCUAUACAGAAUUAAUAAAACGUCUUGGGCCUGACUUUAAUGCAUACACUGCAACCUUAUUGCCGCACGUUAUUGACCGUUUGGGUGAUAGUAAGGAUACAGUACGCGAGAAGGCACAAUUACUUUUGCACAAUUUGAUGGAAUCGAAAGUUUUAACACCACAACAACUUAUUGAUAAACUCACAACAUGUUUCAAGCAUAAGAAUGCAAAAGUUCGCGAAGAAUUUCUACAGACGAUUGUAAAUACGUUAAAUGAAUAUGGUACAUCGCAGCUAUCGCUAAAAGCAUAUAUUCAGCCAAUUGUGAAUCUUUUGAGUGAUCCAACAGCUACAGUACGUGAUGCAGCAAUUCAGACACUUGUAGAGAUUUAUAAACACGUCGGUGACAGAUUAAGAGCAGAUUUACGAAAGAAAGAGGUACCUGCAGCGAGAAUGGCAAUUCUUGAACAGAAAUUUGAGUGUGUUAAGGAUGAAGGGUUGUUACUGAAAUCAGCGCUUGUUAGUAACACUCACGACGAACCAGACACAACAGCACCACAGCGGCCUACACGAUUAGUUAAAAGGACGGUAUCGGCGGCAUCAAGAAAAACGCAAAUGUCGGACGUUGUUUCAUCAACCGAUGCCGGCGCAGUUACGUGGGACAUAUUUGAAGCGUCUUUCGAAUUGGUUCCCCAGAUAACAAUCUUUAACCAAAGAGAUAUUGAAGACUACUGGAAAAAUAUCAUACCUUCCAUUGGUGAUAAGAAUAUGGACUGGGAAAAACGCGUCGAAGCACUGAAGAAGAUUCGAUCACUUCUAAUGAACAACGCACAAACCCAGCCGUCAUUUCCCUUGUAUUUGAAGGACUUGUCGAUAGCAUUCCUAGACAUUUUGAAAGAAUUACGAUCGCAGGUCAUUCGUGAAGCAUGCAUAACGCUAGCCUAUAUGAGCAAAUUACUCCGCAAUAAGUUCGAUCAAUUUAGCAUUUAUAUUUUCCAAGAGCUUAUCAAUUUAAUACAAAAUUCCGCUAAAGUAAUUGCAUCGUCCGGAACAAUAGCAUUGAAAUAUGUAAUUAAAUACACUCACGCUCCAAAACUUAUUCCAAUCAUCACAAAUAACUUAACACAAUCGAAGUCGAAGGAUAUUCGUGCAACGUUAAGUGAAAUAAUGCUAUUGAUAUUCGAGGAAUGGGCCUCCAAAUCAAUGGACAGACAUGCAAACGUAUUGAAAGAUGCUUUGACCAAGGGAAUUGCCGAUGCUGAUAGUGACGCUAGGAAAUACAGUAGACGAGCGUUUUGGUCUUUCCGACGACAUUUUCCCGAUUUGGCGGAUCAAAUGUAUUCGACAUUGAACCCGGCAACACAAAGGGCAUUGGAACGAGAGCGGGACUUAUUGUCGGAAGCAAAUGGCACAGGUUCGAUGAAUACGAGUCUUCGUGGUAGUAAUACAAGUCUGAACUCAGUGUCUGGCGGGGUCAUAAGGAGAAGGCAGUCGAGUGGUUUAAGAAGUCCCGCUACUACGAACCCGUCAGCGACAAGUGUAAGUACGGAGAAUUUGUCAAAUACGCGUUUGCAACGAGCUCCAUCAUUGCCAAGAUCUUAUAAUCGGAAUCGAAGUGGAAUACCGGUUGCUCAUCGUGAGCCCCCGCCAAAAGCUGGUUUUAGAAGUGUUUCGGCUGUCGAUGCUGCUGCUGUGCAGAGAGCUCGUGCACGUGCCCAAUAUUCGAAUUUAGCACGCUUAAAAGUAACAUCUGGAACAGCAUCACUGCAAGGAUAUUUCGCUCAGCAAGCACGUGCGAAAAAAAUCGCGAGUACAUCAGCUACACCGCAAACUGCAUCUCCAGAACAUCGACCAUCAACUAGCCGCGGUUCAAGGGCUGGUGUCUCUCAGUCACAACCUGCUUCAAGAAGCACAUCUCCAUCGGCCAAACUUCGUGAAAUGUACGGUUCGUAUACAUCCUACCGUCAAACAGGUACGGUACCGAAGAAAACAUCAGGAAUUCCAAGAUCAUUGGCAAAUUCGCGUGAAACAAGUCCAACUCGUGGUGGACUAAAGCGUGGUAUGUAUGCUAACAGCCCGCGACGUCCCGAUCGACCACCAAUUAAUCCGGCUCGACCUGUUCUCGCUCAAAAGAUACUGCAACAAAGUCGUGAAGCCGAAAGCGCAUUAGCCGAUGCUUUGUCUCCAGACGAUGGUGAUAUAUCAUCAGACUAUUCUCGACUGUCAUUGAACCGUAGGAUCUCGCGCGACGAAUCGGACGAAAGCGAGGCAUCAUCGGUCUGUUCAGAACGAAGUUUCGAUUCAUAUCGUAGGGGUAAUGAUUCAUAUUCAUGGAAUGGUUCAAGAAACCGCUUGGAUAGUUUCCGAGCACCAAUUGAAGAUAUUGAUACAAUCAUUCAGUUCUGCGCUUCAACGCAUUGGUCUGAACGGAAAGAUGGUCUCAUUAGUUUAACACAAUAUUUAUCAGACGGCAAAGUCUUGACACCACAACAGCUGCAGGCCGUCCUAGAUUUGUUCCGUAAAAUGUUUAUGGACUCGCACACUAAAGUCUACGCACUAUUCCUCGACACUGUCAAUGAGUUGAUUUUAGUGCAUUCGAAUGAUUUGCACGAUUGGCUGUUUAUUCUAUUGACACGUCUUUUCAACAAGCUUGGGACCGAACUGCUCGGUUCCAUGCAUGGAAAAAUUUGGAAAACCCUCCAAAUUGUCCAUGAAUAUUUUCCAGCUGAAUUACAGCUGCAGUGCGUGUUUCGUAUUCUAGUUGAUGCUGCGCAAACACCACCAACUAAAACGAAAAUUGCUAUUUUAAAAUUCUUGACGAAUCUUGCGACAACAUAUUGUCCAGCGACGUGUUUCAAGAGCCAAGCACCGGCCGAUCGUGCUAUCACGAAAAUCAUACAGUUCGCGAACGACCAGAAGAGUGCCGAAUUGCGGGGACAGGCACGUUCGUGUAUAAUUGCUUUGUAUAAUUGCAACACACCAAAUAUGACAAUUUUACUGUCCGUUUUACCCAAAACGUAUCAGGACACGGCACGAACUAUUAUUCAGCAGCACUUAAGACGAAGCACAUCUGGAAAUAAUAGUCCAUCAUCGCCAUUAUCGUCUUCGAGUCCAAAACCUUUGCUUAGUCCACAACAAGGUCCAUUUAGUUUGCAAAAUAAUUCUAGUCCCAGAUCGCGGCAAUCAUCUGUUGAACAUGGUGAUCCAAUGAACACGGAGGAGGUAUACAAAAGCCUUCGAAAAACAACAGCUGAAAUUCAAAAUUACACAUUUGAAACAAAAUUGGACCGGGAUGCGAAUAGCAAAGACUCGGGCAUAAGUCAAAUGGGCGAUCACGUCGGGCAGGGUGAUCAGUUACCUAUCAUUCCAUCGAAUGGCAUUAAUGGACAUAUAGGACUAGAGAAGGAAGAUUCAUGUAAUGGCUCAAAAACGCAAUCGGCCACAACGACCGAGUCGAAUACUCCCGAAAAUACGGUUCGUCUAGAUACGAUGGAAAUUCAAUGCAAUAAAAUCACAUCGUAUUCAACAAGACAUAUACAACCAAAUUACUCAUUUGCCGAUAAUGGCGAAUUAGUAUUAGAGAGUGGAACGAAAGAAAGUGAUAUUAUUAAGGCUGCCAUAGUUUUAACAUUAGAAACACGUCCCGAAAUUAUUCAUCAAACAUUACAAGAGCUCAGGUGUUGCAUUAAAGUUGGGAACUGUGAUUUACCCAAUAAGAAUUUCAAGGCGAUUAUGAAAAUGCUGCUCAGCUUACUCGAGUCGCCAGUUCCUGAAGUAUUGAUUAGUUCAUUACAUGUUCUUGGACGAAUUCUUCGUAGUGAGAAAAUGAAACCAUAUUGGAGUAACUUUUUGGAGUUAAUACUGUUAAAAAUAAUUGACUGCUAUAAAAAUAGUAAGGAGGCUUCUCGUGAAAUCGAUUCAAUAAUACCACGAAUAGCUGCUGUUUUACCAUUAGAUAUUACAAUUAAUAUAUUGAACCCCGUGAUAGCAACUGGACAGUAUCCAAGUAAUCUAUGUGCAGUUAAGCUUUUAACCGAUAUCGUUGCUAAGCAAGGAGCUGAAUUGAGUGACGCCCACUUAGAUGGUCUGAUGGUGAAUUUAGCUAGGCUAACGGAUGACACACAAUCGAUGGUCCGUAAGGCCGCUGUGUUUUGUAUUGUCAAAUUAUAUGUUGUUCUUGGAGAAGAACGAGUUAAGAAGAUAUUUACGCUGUUGAAUCCCAGCAAAAUAAGACUCCUCAAUGUAUACAUUGAUAAGGAAAAGGGCAAAAAGCCAACAUCAUGAUCAAAUGCCAAGUGAUUAUGGGCUAAAGGACGACAUUUCGCUAAAAAAUUUCAAAUAUUAAGUAGCAAAAUGAUUAAAGCAACUAUUCCAGAAUAAUUUUUUUUUUUAAUUAAUUGAAUCAAAUUUGAAUAGAAAUAAAAGAUCCAAAUAAAAACACACAAAUACAAAAAUAUUAUUAAGGAGAAGAACGAUCGAAUUGAUAGCAAAAUCAACCGGAAACGAUUUUCAUAGCAAUGUAAAGUUGAGUUUAAGAAAUGACAAAUAAAUGCGAAUAGCGCGAGACAACAGAUUUGCAAACGACUCAAGUAAAAUUUAUUAAUAACUCCUGCAUAUUUUGUAAAUCGUUUUUAUUUAUACGUACGGACUAUUCAGUUUGGUAGAGCUAAUGAGUAACAGUUGGUAAUAAAUUUUACUUGUCCCUUGACACAGAACGAUGAACGCAAACGUUAAAGAUUUCAAAUGUAUAACCCGACCAGAGGAGGAAAAUUUAUGAUUUAAUAGAAAACACAGACAAGUGAAAAUAGGAUAAA